UGACCUUUGACCCCCAGACAGGCCGAUGGGAGCCGACAGCUGAGGGCCAGACUCACUCUGAGCUGAGUGAGGACAACAUGGACGAUGUGGACAACCUCUUCCACCCCAGCCUGGAAGCCGCCCUCAUCAAACUGGAUCCAGAGGAUGGGAAGCAGAUCAUGGAGUACUUCAGGACCCAGGCCCUGCUGAUGAAGGAGAAAGCACUGCUGCAGGCCUCCGUCAGAGACCAGAAGAAACUGCUGGUGGAGAACGGGAAGCUGAAGAAGGACAUCGAGCAGCUGAGGAGUCAGCUGCAGGAGAACCAGAGGAGGCGCAGCGCGAAGGCGUUGCUCUCCCAGGCUCCGCCUCCUCCACGAACUGGCCCCGCCCCCACAGCACCUGCCAAUCAACCUGCUGCAACCAAUCCUCCUCCCCCCUCCUCCCGUGACCGGAGAGAGCCGCAGAUCAGGAGGAGGAGAGGAGAGAGGAAAGCUCCUCCCACCUCUGACUCUCUCUCCUUGGGGGCGGAGCCUCGAGUUGACGUGUCACGCCUGGACCUGCGCGUCGGACGGAUCCUCAGCGCCCGGCGCCACCCGGUGGCCGACGGGCUGUCGGUGCAGGAAGUGGACGUCGGAGAGACCGCCCCCCGAACGGUGGUCAGCAAGCUGGGCGGGAAGACCCCCCUGGAGGAGCUCCCGGGCGGUCGAGCUGUGCUGCUCUGCAACGUCAGGGCCUGUAAGAUGAGGGGCGUGGUCUCACAGGCCCGCCUCCUCUGGUGCUCCGCCCCCGACGGCUGCACUGAGCUGUUAACCCCGCCCACAGGCUCCGCCCCCGGAGACAGGGUCACCUUCCUCAACUACCCUGGUGAGCCGGACCGGGAGCUGCAGGCCGGGGACCGGGUCUGGGACCUGCUGCAGCCGCACCUUCAGGUGGACUCGAGGGGCGUGGCCAACUACAAAGGCUGCGGGUUUGAGGUGAAGGGGAAGGGGCUGUGCCGGAGCCCCUCCCUCACCGACGCCCUCAUCCGGUAGACGGGACGGGCUCUUAUUGUGAAAGGUCAGCUCCGCUUUGACGAGCUAGGUAGUAGCCUCGCUAGCGCGGUUUGUCGAUUAAAACAUUGAAAACACAAA